AUGAAAGACGGAGCUGCGGUCAAUCAUGCUGCUUUGGAGCAGGUUAAGUUCUUUUUUCCUCAGCUGCUAGACAUUACGUGUUUCUCUCACACCAUCGACAACGUUGGAAAACAUUUUGAGUUCCGUGUUUUAGACCGAUUUUCCCAAUUAUGGGUAUCCAUGUUCUCCCACAGUGCUGCAGUAUGGCUAGCUUGGAAGACUAGAACCGGAACAGCUAUGAAAACAUAUAACGCAACAAGAUGGUGGAGCAAGUGGGAAGUUAUGAAACAAGUACUAGAGUACUUUGGGGAUGUGGAACCCUUUUUAAGGGAGAACGAGAACAACCAUCUUGCUCCUGUUACAACUGGACAACUCUUGGACAUCUUUAAUGAUGCAUCUGAUGCUAAAGAACUCGAGUUGGAGCUAGCAGCACUGAUUGAUGGAGGAUCACACUUUGUCACAGCUACCUACUAUCUAGAAGGGGAUGGGCCUCUUAUAUUCAGUUGCUAUGAGCGCCUAGCUAGAGUG